GGUCCAUGAACCGCCCCCUGGCUGCAGCAGGUGUGUGUAGAACUAAAACACGAAGGAGAAGGAAAAGUUCUGGAUGUCUUGUUUGUACCUGAAUGGAGAAAAUAAAAGAUAGACGAUUUUGAAGAAGAAAAGACUGGCAGUUUGUCCAUGUGAAAUCUUUUAAGAGACACUGUGCUGCUGGAAGACCAUGAGGAGGAUCAAGCAGAUUGACGUCAAGCGUGCCCUCGCUCUGACAGGCACCUUCAGCUUCCUCUGCUCCUGUUCCCAAGCCUGUCUGCUCCCCUUCCUCACCCUGUAUUUCCGCCAGCUGGGCCUGUCUCCAUCCAUGACUGGCAUCAUCAUGGGCACUAAGCACUCCAUAACUCUGGUGUGGAGCCCAGCAGCUGGUCUCCUCUCCAAACGCUACAACAAAAGGCGGGUGGUGAUAAACUGCUCGCUGGUGUUUUCUGCUGCAGCCGCUCUGCUCCUGCUGCUCCUACCGCCUGUAGGGAAUCCUGGCACACAGAGCAGCACCUGUAACACCUCCAACCUCAGUUCUGGUUCAGCUAAAAGUCUAGUUGACCUUACAACUAGUACUACGAGUCAGACAUUGCCAACUAUUACACAUAGAGAAUUUGCUCUUGCAACCUCCCCUUCUAACUCAGUCAGUUAUUCAGAACCUCCUCCUGUACCAACUAAACCUAAUCAAAAUGAUACCGAAAACUCAGAAAUUCAGCCCUCGCAAGUAGAAGCAUCAUCGGUCCCAAGCAGCAGUCCUACAGUACUGAGCGUUGUGCAUUCCACCGUCAGCUCUUUUUUAAGUGCAGAAAGGAAUAAGAGGUCUGUGAACAGUUCUGGAUUUCUAGCCAGCCUGAAGGAGAUGGACAUUCAGAACCAACUCUUCUUCUUGAUGCUCAUCAUCGUGUCAGUGUGGGAGUGGACGUCGGCCCCUCUUAAGUGGACGGUAGACGACGGCCUUUACGAGUAUUUGGACUACGCGGAUGCCUCGGACCGUCACAGCAGCACAGGGGUGUGGAAUCUACUCGGGGGAGCCUUUGGGGUCGGGGGAGCCGGGCUUGUGGUUGGCCAGCUGAGCUGUCUCAUAGUUGCUCACACCUCCAGAAGUGCAGUGCAUUUUUACUUCUAUGCAGGCCUGGCAGCUCUAGCUCUGCCUGUAGCCGUCUACCUCCCUCUGUACCUGAACAAAAAGCGAGACAGAGCCAACGGGCUCCUGAAGGCCAUGCAGCUGGUGCACAGCUCCCCCCAAGCUCUGCUCUGUGCUUUUACCAUCCUCCUGGUCGGAGUGGUGAACUCAGCUGUGGAAAACUUCCUGCUUUGGCAGAUGGAGGAUAAUGGGAGCACUGAGGUGCACAUGGGACUGUCUCUAGCCCUCGCUUUGCUCUCGCAGGCUGCCUUUCCCCUUCUGGCUGGCAGAGUAUCUAAGCUCCUCAGCCCAGGCAGGGUCCUUGUAGUGGGGGCUGCUAGUCUCGGGAUACAGUGCUUCUACUACUCCUUCCUCUGGGGGCCCUGGAUGGCCUUGCCUGCACAGGUGCUGAGUACCUUCAGCAGCGGCGCCCUCUGGUGGGCUGUGGGGAUCCAGUGUGAGGACGUUGCAACACCAGGGGCUGAAAGAAGUGUCAGGAGGGUCUACAGUUCCUUGUGCCUGCACUUAGGGAGUGCACUCGGGAGUUUUGCUGGAGGAUUUGUGGUGCAGAGAUUUGGGGUGACAUGGCUGUACCGAGGGGUGGCAGUGGGACUUAUGGCAUGGUGUGUGUGCCUUCCUCUGCUGCAGUGGAAAGCCCCUCGCCAGCGCAGGAUUAACUACUCACGGCUUUUGGCAGCUGACGCAAGCGAGGCCAGUGACUCUGAAUCUGAGCCAGAGAGAGACUGGCUGGAUAAGGCCAUGGAGGAUGACCGAGGCAAUACCAACUAUGAAAGGAGAGUCAGACACCUAAACUAACCAACAUGAUGCUGUGGUGAAAGAAAAGAUCUAUAAAAUGUGGCGAUGCACCAAUCAGGCAGUAAGAUAUCAAUAUUGGCUGAUUGGCAGUAUUGGAGACUGAGAGUUUUGCUUAUUCUUCUUUGGUAAAAAGCUCAAAGUCAGUCCGAUUCGUUGGAGAGCAUCUGUGAACAUCCUGUUUUAAGUCAGAUCUACAGACUAUUGGAUCUAGGUCUGGACUGACUGGGCUAUUCCAACACAUGAAUACACUCUGUUCUAUUUGCAUGUUUAGAGUUAUGCCACUGAAAGUUGAAUGUCUACCCAACUCAAGUCUUCUGUAAGCUUUAUCAGGUUGUUUUGUUGGGUACUGCCUUGUCUUUAGCUGUCACUGCUGAAGAUAAUCAUCCCCACAGCAUGAUGUUGCCACCACCAUGUUACAUGAUGGGGAUGAUGUGCUCAGAUUGGUGGGCUUUGCUGCUGUUGUCAUGCACAUUUUGAGUUCAGUAAAUAGCAAACAUGCUUCAAAAGCAUAGAUUCAUCCAUUUUCCUUUAGACUCAAAACUAUUACCUUUGGCAAAUAAGAUUCAAAAUUUUUCUUUUAUGUGUUUAUAGUCGUUAGAAAAAUAAAAUUGAUGUUUGAAAUUGGAUACAGCACGUCGGACCUAAAGAAAUCCAGAAAAUGGGUACCAGGAAGAAAUGCCCGAUCGGUGCAUCUCUAACAAAAUGUGUUUAAAAUAUAGAAUUUUUAGCAUUGGAUUAGCAAUUAUAUUCCCUAUCAGAUUUGGCACAUUGCCUGACAUGUCAUUCCUUAUUACCAAAUGCCAGCCAAGGAUGCUGGAUUUUCUCCCCUGACAAGUUUGAUUACCACCAAAGAUUUUUUGACUAUAACUGCUCAUUGCAAUUUACUUUUUUUAACUAAAGGUUCCAGCAUCCUGCAGGGGUGCCAGCUCUAUUGAAGGAUUCUGGUUCCCAUUUGCAAAGGCAGACGUUGUUUUAGGUCUAGUUGUUUUUGAAGACAAAGCAGCAGGAUUAUAAGGACCAAAAACCCGGCUUCAGUAUACAAGCUCAACAGCUUAGACAUCAUGAGAAUAGAAACACUGAAGCCUCUUACCGCAGUGUAAACUAAACACAUGUGCAGACGACCAGGCCAAACUGGACUGGCAUCCUGUUACACCCCACCCAAACAGGCUGUUGGUCCUCCUCCACCCCUGACUGCUGCAGCCAUCAUUUCUGUCCCUUACAUUGGACACUAAACUGUGAAAUAAUAAAAUAUGUGAUUAAGCAGAUGGAGAAGUGCUCAUUCUCUGAUCGUAUGUAUUUAACUUUAAGCUGAGCACAUUACAAAUGAUUGCUUUUGGGCAUCUGUAAGAAAUUCUUGUCAAAGCUGUACUUUAAAAUGAGUUUAAGCCAAACAUACCUCAUGUCAGAUGCUUUAUUUUGAUCUGUUGACAGCCGUGAAGUUACAGUUUGUCAGCAAGUGUUGGGAUCACUACUGCUCUAUUAGGACUCUGUCUCCAGGAGAAAGAACUGUGAGGUCUAAUGUUCCACCUUACUUAAUGCUUUUCCUCAAGAUUUCCCGCUGAGAAAACUGUUAAAUGUAUGAAGGCUUAUGCAUUUAUGUCAAAUUAUUAUGGAUUAAAUAUACCUUAUGCUGUGCUUGCAGUCUAA